AUGUUUCACCUAAUCAUCUAUACACAAGAGCAUUCCAGCCAUGUUAACAGCCUUCUAACCCUCUUCGAAAAUGUGUACGAUCGAAAUGGAAACAAAAUCUCAAAGCAUGGGGAAGAGAAGAGGGGUGACACAAAUGGGGACACGGACGACAAGGCGAACGACAAGGCGAACGACAAGGCAAACGACAGCACGAACGACAACACGAACGACAGCACGAACAACAACACGGAAACAUUGGACAAAGUGAGUGACGAAAGGGCACUCGUCAAGCAGAAGCUCUCUCAAGAGGGGGGAGGCUCCCCAAAGGUGCAGCAUUAUACGGCCUCCUUUCUGCAGCUCUACGUAAAUGAAGAAAAGAAUUUCGAUUUGUACUUAAUAGAGGAGGAUGAGGAGGACGACGAGGAGGGCCACAAACGAGGAACAACUUCCAUAACCCCCUCCGUAGCUGCCUCCGUGGCGGCCGCGGAAGCCGCCACCCCCGCCGCUGUUCCUACCCAGAAGAGGGGAAGCUGCGGAGCGGAAAAUGAAGACACACGACGGAAUCAAACGAAUAGCAAGAAGGGGGAAGACAAACGGGAAAGAGGCACCUCAGUGAAAUGGACAAAGGAAGGCAUUAACCCGAAGGAUACUCAGCCGCACGACGAUGAUAAAAGCAGGAGAGUGAACCUACCCCUGCAUCGAUCCCACAUGUUGUUCAUUCUGUCCCUGCCGACACACUUCCCCUUCGACCACCUCUACCGAUUGAUCAGUGCUUACACGGAUUUCAUAGCACAGAUAAAGGUCUUCUAUGUACGCAGUAAUAUCUCCUUCUUGGAUGAAGAAGAGUGGCCCAGGGGGGAAGAAGCAAAAGUGGACACCCAUCGGGAGGAGUGCAGCGGGUGUAGUGAAGACAACCAACAUGGAGAGUCCACAGGGUGUAGUGAAGACAAUCACCAUGGAGAGUUCAUCACUCCAUACGCAGUCGAACGAGCGGCCAUGUACCAAAGAAUGCACAGCCUGGUAAAGAGGAGGUUAAAAAAGAAGAAAAAAAUGAAAACUUACUCCGUGCUUAUUUUUUUCAAAACACAGAUUUACGCCGACAUGUUUUAUAGUGAGUAUCACUGUACAGGGUUGCACCACUUGGUGGAGAGUCGACAGGGAGAGUGGAAAAACAGUUUGGUGAAUGUAGCGGAUGAGAAGGGGUACCCUGAUUGGUAUCUCUACUGCGCGUUUGUCAGUCUGGUGUACUACAUUGUGGAUGGAGAAGUGGAGGCGCGUCAGGUGGACGUUGAUGUGUUGGCCCAAAUAUCCGAACCGCUUCACCGAAGCGAGGGAAAGGUUAGUGAGCAGAAGAAGGGCUCGAAGGAGACAGGCGGGGUAUCGAAUCUUCUCCCUUUCAGCCGCGACGACCCAUUCGAUAUAAACCACUUUGAGAGCUUUCAAAAAUGCAUAAUCACGGAUGGGAACACGUGCAUAUCGACUUGUCCGCUCUGCAUGGAUCUGCUGUGCGAGGAGGUGUGCUUUACUCUGACGAGGAGCAGAAAAUGGCACGUCCGAGAAAAGGGCAAGGGGGGGAAGAUCCACGAUUAUGUGAACCUGUCCUGCAAUGUGUGCUCUCUUAUUUUUCUCUACGACUCGGUGUCGAGGUUGGUGGGGGAGCCUUGGGGGGGUCAAGCGAUCAUAGCCACGCCGAGGGGGACGCCAAAAGGUACCCCGGAAGGUGUGGCACACUCGGUAGAGCAGACCAAUGAGCAGACCAUUCAGCAGAGCAUAACGCGAGGAGAGGUUCCCCCCGCCAGAGAUGCUCCAAGCAGGCUAGGACAAGUAGCAAACACCCUCAAGUGCAGACACUGCAACAACGUGGACGACAUAUGGCUGUGCCUUACGUGCGCCAACAUCGGCUGCGGUAGGUACCAGAAGAGUCACGCCAAAUGUCACAGCACCAUGUAUAAUCACCACUACUGCCUCAAUUUGAGGACGAAGAAAGUAUGGAAUUACAUUCGGGAGGCUUUUAUUGAGGACAAGAUGGACGAUGAUCAGAGUGACUUGGCCAGUGCCUGGCGUGGAGGGAGUGGUCCGAGUGGCGGUCUACUCAAUUGUAACUCUUUCCAUCCCUGUGUCGAUGAACCCUCCCCCUCAGGAGGAAGGGGCGAUUUUGUGGACUAUGAAUAUGACCUCUACUACGGUGACGAGGGGGAGGCAUGCCUCGGCCACGUUAACUACUACAUGCAGGACAUGCACGGCGCCCACCUCCAGGACAACUACGACAGCCGCAUCUACAACAAGAUUUAUGACAUCUUCACCGACGACGCCUACAUCAGUGAUGGACUGAAAAACGAACUGCUAUACAGCCUGUAUUCCCUGCUGUCUCACGAAGCGAACGUUUAUAACAACAGCCUCAUCGAACUGCAGUGCAGCUAUAUGAAUCGAAUCGACAUGGAGAGUAGGAACGUGAAGAUCGUGCGAGAUACGGUUACUCAGGUGGAGAACCAGAACAAGAAAAUGGAGAACUUCCUCCAGAAGGCGGAGUCUUCCAUUAAGGCAAAGAACAACCAGAGGGUGCAACUGCAGGAGAAGAUUCGCUUCCUCAGGGAGCUCAACAGGGACAUCGUUUCGCAGAGGUGUGGUGUGCAUAGGAGAGGAGCGGCGAAAGGGUCACCCCAGUCAGCCGAGUCCCCCCUGUCAACGGCCAUCCCCCUGGCAACCGCGUCCCCCUUGUCAACUGCCGCCCGAGGGGGGCGUGGCGUGCAGGACGACGGCGACGACUCCCGGAAGAUAAAGCGGCUGGACGAGACGAUCCGCGCGCUGCAGGCGCAGGUGGAUCAGCUGCUGCGCGGGUUGUAG